AUGAGCGCGGCUCCCCUGGUGGGCUACAGCAGCAGCGGCUCCGAGGAUGAGGAUGAGGCCGAGGCCGAGGUGGAGGCCGGGGAUCAGGCCGGGCCGGGGGCUGGAGGCCGCCCUCGGCUCCAGAGCGCCCUCCCCAGCCAGAGGUGGCCAGUGCCGGACAGUGUGCUGCACAUGUUCCCCGGCUCCGAGGAGGCCCCUGAGGACGACAGCGCAAAGCACGGGGGCCGGGUGCGCACUUUCCCCCACGAGCGGGGCAACUGGGCCACCCACGUCUACGUUCCAUAUGAAGCCGGGGAGGAGUUCCCGGACCUGCUGGACGCACUGCUGCCCCACGCGCAGACCUACGUGCCCCGGCUGGUGCGGAUGGAGGCCUUCCACCUCAGCCUGUCCCAGAGCGUGGUCCUGCGGCACCACUGGAUCCUGCCCUUCGUGCAGGCUUUGAAAGAGCGUGUGGCCGCCCGCCCAAAAUUCUGCUUUAUAGCCGACCGGGUAAAGAUUUAUACCAACGAAGAGAAAACCAGGACCUUCGUUGGGCUGGAGGUGACCUCCGGCCACGCCCAGUUCCUGGACCUGGUGUCCGAGAUAGACAGAGUCAUGGAGGAAUUUGACCUCACCACGUUCUACAAGGACCCCUCCUUCCACAUCAGCCUGGCCUGGUGCGUGGGCGAUGCUCGUCUCCAGCUGGAAGGCCAGUGCCUGAGGGAGCUGCAGGAGAUCGUGGACGCGUUUGAAGACUCGGAGCUGCUGUUGCGGGCGCACGCCGAGCAGCCAGGUGCCUGGGGAGACUCCGGCAGAUGUUUCACGUUGGCCUCGCCCGUGGCUCCCGGCCAGGCCUCCAACGCUCGGCCGUGA